CCUUUUUUCUUCCUUCCAUGAUCAAGUCACAGUCUUUAAAAGACUCCCCCCAAAGACUUCUCCCAUUCAUCAUAACGUAACCUUCACUACCUUCUGCAGUCCCAUUCUCUUCAUUUGGCACACUGUUUAACUCACAUUUCCUCUGCUCAUUUCACUCCAAAUUUUCUUAGCCAUGUCAACCUCGAGAACCUCAUCAGAUACACCCUUCAAAGGAUAUGAUCCUAGCCAAACUCAAAUGUGUCUCUCUCUCCUCCAACGCAACACUUCUCCUUGUGGUGAGAGGAGGGGCAGAAGGAAGCAAGCAGAACCAGGGAGGUUCCUUGGUGUGAGGAGGCGCCCUUGGGGUCGAUAUGCUGCUGAAAUUAGAGACCCCACAACCAAAGAGAGGCAUUGGCUUGGCACAUUUGACACUGCUCAAGAAGCAGCUCUUGCUUAUGACAGAGCUGCUCUGUCCAUGAAAGGAAGCCAAGCUAGAACCAACUUUGUUUACUCUGAUAACAUCAACUUCCACACUCUCCAGCUUUCUCCUAUGAAUGUUCAAGUUCAACCUCUCUUGCCAGCUUCACAGUUCCUCACUACCACCACCACUCAGACCAACCAAAAUAGCCACUUUCAGGUUAUUCACAGUACUCCAAACUGUGGAAACCCCUCCCCAUUGAACAAUGACAUGUGUGUUGAAACCACAUAUGGGUCAGCUCAGGAUGAUAAUUUCUUCUUUUCCAGUGAUUCUAACUCGGGCUAUCUCGAAUGCAUAGUUCCUGAUGAUUGCUUCAGACCUGCUUCAUCCAGUUCCAACAGUUCAAACUCCAGAAAGAGCAACGUGAGUGAUCAAAAGGCUAACACAAGCUCCAUGGAGAGUACUAAUCACCAUCAUCAUCAGUACUCACAUGUUGACAUGACUUCAUUCUCUCAAGAAGGCAUUGAAAUGGCACCAAGGGCAUCUUAUAACUUUUCAGAUUUUUGUUAUCAAAGUGAAGUGAGUCAAGGAUCAUGGGAUGAUCAGCAGUCAUGGGAUUGGAAUAGCAGUGAACUUUCAGCUAUAUUUAAGAACCCAAUGAGGGUGGAAAAUGGGUGCAUGGAUGCAUUAUGCCCCAUAAAUGAUAGUCCUAGUUCAAGCUAUGGGCUAAUGAAUGAGGCUGCUUCUUCUUCUACAACCUGUUCUCCGUCACUUCCACCCUUUGGGGACGUAGACUUGGGAUACCCACUCUUCUGACGUGCAUUUAUCAAGGAGUGCCAUUGUGUACUUGUAUUGCAUGCACUUGUACGUUUUUCUUUUUAUUUUUCCUUGUAACUUGGGUCUAGCAAGCCUUUUUCCUUCUUCUAAUGUAAUUACUAAAUUGCACACAUCAUGGGGUGAGUGAGCUCUUUAGGUUUUGAGAUGUUGAAAAAAGCUCCACUGCCAGCUCUCACUUUCAAAUCAAUGGAAAGCCUUUCCUGUGA